AUGGAUAUAAAUAUCCUGUCUCACCUCGCUCUGCGUUUUGCUCUCUAUUGCUGUCGCCGCUCACUGAUCUUAUCCUCCGGUGAAGAUAUGUCGAAUAGAGAAGAUUCAGACAUUGAUGAUGAUUUUAGUGAUCUGUACAAGGAAUACACUGGUCCACCAAGAAGUAAUACUAAUACAAGUGGGCCCGACACCACAAUUACAAAAGCAAACAAAAGAUCGUAUGCCGGCUCUGAUGAAGAGGAUGGAACCCGAGACCCGAAUGCUGUUCCCACUGAUUUCACUAGCCGGGAAGCUAAGGUCUGGGAGGCGAAAUCUAAAGCUACUGAAAGGAAUUGGAAGAAACGAAAAGAAGAAGAAAUGAUUUGUAAAAUAUGUGGAGAAUCUGGCCACUUUACUCAGGGUUGUCCAUCUACUCUUGGAGCGAAUCGCAAGUCUCAAGAUUUCUUUGAAAGGGUUCCUGCAAGAGAUCCUCAAGUGAAAGCACUGUUUAGCGAGAAGGUUAUAAGGCAAAUUGAGAAGGAUAUCGGUUGCAAAAUUAAGAUGGAGGAGAAAUUUAUGAUUGUUAGUGGGAAGGAUAGGCUGAUACUGGCUAAAGGCGUAGAUGCUGUUCACAAAAUAAAAAAUGAAGGGGACAAGAAAGUGACUAGGUCAAGGUCACCAGAAGGAAGAAGUCCUAUUAGCUCUAGAAUGGGAAGGCCUAAUAAUCCUAGUCCUCGAAAUCCAUCACAUUAUAACCAGAGGUUUAGCAGCAGCAGGCAAGAGAAGAUGAUUGAAGAUGUGCAUAGGUUACCCAGGGGGUCCCCACAACUAGCAGCAGCGAGAGCUUAUGAGAAUGAUGGUGCCCGGGGUCGGUCAGCCCAUUCAAAGUCUCCUUACAGUGGUGGUGGUGGUUGUUCAUAUGAUGAUGAGCGCCGGGCAGGGGCGAUGCAAAGGAACAAAGGAUGGGUGGAUGGUCCUGACAAGCAAUCUAGCAGUAACGGCCCACAGACAUUGGAGGACUUACAUUUGGAAUAUAAGAGGGAUGCAAUGGAGAUUACAGAAAUUCGAGAUAAGGAAGAAGAUGAAGAAAAUAACAGACAUCGUCAGGCUGUGAGAGAAAUGAGAGAAGAUUACAUGAAGAGGUUUGGUAUGGUGCGAGCAAUGCAUGCAAAGCAGUGGGAAGAGUUUCUUCAAGCUGAGGCUCAAAGGCGUCAGCAGCCUCCUCCUCCUUCUGGAUUUAGUGGUUAUAAACAGGAUGGUUACCCUGAAUAUGAGAAUUCUGGUUAUGCUGGUGGAACUGGAAAUAUGGGAGUGGAUUCAACUAGGAUACGGUAUCCAGAUAUUGACAACUAUCCUUCUUCGAGGAGGGACUACCCACUGCUACUGGUGAGGGCCAAAUCCAAAUCCAGAUCCAGAUCCAGAUUUUGGGGAAAGCACUGAAGUAAGCUUAAGGUAAGGUAGGUAUUUGUGUUGGGGCCUUGCCUUAAUUUGAUAAAUAUAAGGUAAGGUAGGUAUAGUACGACUAUAAAUUUAGUUUAGAAUUGGUUCCUUAAACCUUUUGCUCUUUGUUUGUUUGGGCUAUAAAUGUUUGUAGCAACUGGUGGGGUUCAUUGCUAAGUAUGGAUUUUAGCUUUCAAAUUCUACUAUUCUUUUCAAGUAGACAUGUGACUAUUUGGUUUCUCCAUGAUGUCUGGGACAUAGUUGGAAUUAAAGACUAGUUUUAGUAAGUAGAUUAGACUGUGUUUCGACUGGCUGAGCAUUUAGUACAACAGUUACGGUUUUGUCAAUGAGAAUCUGACAUCUGCUUUUUUUUUU